AUGAAGCUCAAAGCCACUCUACACGCCCGCAUACCAGGCAUCCACUGGAGUCCGCACGACCUCGUAUCUCCAGAACCCUCGUCAUCAUCCUCCAAACCCAAAUCGCGAAUGCCCUUUUCGUUAAAGUCAUCCGCACCCGAUCCCGCAACUACUAUCCGCCCCCGCAAAUCCAGACUAGGCCCGACGACAACCUUCGAACCCAACGCCGGGCUCGACGCGCGCACACUGGCGCAGGGCCAAUCGCUGUUUUUCGCCCGCUUGCCAAUUGAGCUGCGCAGAAUGGUGUACGAGUUCGUCAUGGGCGAGCAAGUAGUGCACCUGACGCUGAGCCAGAAGCGGCGGUUCGGCCAUUGCAUCUGCCAGUGCGAAACCGACGGUCCUCGUAAAGGAAAGCAACAAUGCAGCUGUCGCGUGCUCGUCGGGGGCAAAAAGGGAGCGCGAUUAGAUGGCGGCGGAGCAGCACUGGUGCGAACCUGUAGACGCAUAUACGCGGAAGCAAUCCCUCAUCUCUACCGUACACAUACCUUUUCCCUCUUACACAUCACGCACCUGCUCUACCUCCCUUCUUCCGUGCCCCAACUCCGCCUCAACACGAUUCGCACCCUGCAUCUCCGCUGGGCCAUCCGCGCGCUGCCAUACCUCCGGCGCGGCCCCUCGAGCCGCGUUGCGUAUCGCGAGGACACGGCGAAUUGGGAGAGGGGCUGGGCCAUUAUAGCGGGCAUGCAGGGCCUGAGGGAGUUGUACGUCGUGCUGAUUGAUCCGAGUCCGCAGGGGCUGUGGGAGAGGAACUGGUUGCAGCUUGAGGAUGUGCUGCUCGAGAGUGUGAGGGGUGUCACGAGGCCCAGGGAUGCCGUGGUCGUGAUGCCGUAUCAGAGUUGUGGGGUGGAUUGGGAUAUGGGGGAUGGAUGUGUGAGGUUGGUGAGACCAGAGGAUGGGGGUGCGGAGGAGGAUGACAAGGGAGACGUGUAG